UGGACGAUAGGUUGCGGUUAGUCGUCGGCUGCUCUGGAGAUAUUCUUUUCAUUCAGUUUGUAUGAUGUUCGUCAUGUUUUAGUCCGCAAACUUGCGUUUGGAGAUGUUGUUUGCGCAUGACUGGAUUUACGCUCAUUCACUGCUGCUGUUCGAUGGGAAGCGCAAAGUGAAGAUCAACUUGUGUGAGCGCUGAAAGAAGGGGUCACGCCACGAGAAUGGAGUUCCCAGACCAUAGCCGCCAGUUACUGCAGUGCCUGAGUCAGCAGAGACACCAAGGCUUUCUCUGCGACUGCACGGUGUUGGUGGGAGAGGCGCGAUUCAAAGCGCACCGAGCCGUCCUGGCCUCGUGCAGCAUGUACUUCCACCUCUUCUACCGGGACCAGCUGGACAAGAGGGACGUGGUGCACCUGAACGGCGACAUCGUGACGGCGCCGGCGUUCGGGCUGCUGCUGGAGUUCAUGUACGAGGGGAAGCUGGAGUUCGGCACGCUCCCUGUGGAGGACGUCCUGGCGGCCGCCAGCUACUUGCACAUGUACGACAUCGUCAAAGUGUGCAAGGGGAAGCUGAAGGAUAAGGAGCUGUGCGAGGCGGCGAGCGACACAGAUUGCGGCGGGCAGAAGGCGAACGGUCACCCCGCCGGGUCCCCGGACCUUGUAGGUGUCAAUUAUGUGUCAGCCGAGGCCGAGGCCUGUGUCCGAACAGCUGGAAAAACAAAAGCUGAUGUCAGUGGUUCGGCCGUCCCCGCGUCCCAGAGGUCCCGGGCAUCGGAUGACACGGACUGCGCGCUGGAUUUGUCUUUCAAGCCUCUGUCGAGCCGAGACGCCUUCCACCCCUCCUACGUCUCGGGACAGCUGGCCCUCGACAGCCAGCAGCAGGGCACCGAGCCACUUGUUAAAGACGAACAUGACUUGCUGUCAGAGCAGGAGGACGCUGAUCCGGUGAGCCCGGAGAGCCAGCGCUUUGGGAAUAGCGCCAGGAGCUCGGUGGUGACAGGGUUCGCUGCCCUCUUCCCCGACAACAAGGCCGCGGCUUCGCUGCUCCCUCCGGACGACGACCUGAUGGAGGAGGAGGAGGAGGGGCUGCGCGUGCGUCCCGAGCGCCAGCUCGGGGACAGCGAGGGCGAGGACGAGGACGACCUGGCGUCCUCGGACAUCUCCACGUCCAGCGGGGUACUUCUCCCGCCGGGCGGGCAGCAGGUCUGCGUGUGCCCGCUCUGCAGCAAGGUCUUCCCGAGCCCGCACGUGCUGCAGCUCCACCUCAGCUCGCACUUCCGCGAGAAGGACGGCGUCCGCUCCAAGCUCUCGCCCGACGGAUCCGUCCCCACCUGCUCGCAGUGCGGCAAGACCUUCUCCUGCAUGUACACGCUCAAGCGGCACGAGCGCACGCACUCCGGCGAGAAGCCGUACACCUGCGGACAGUGCGGAAAGAGCUUCCAGUACUCGCACAACCUGAGCCGGCACGCCGUGGUGCACACGCGCGAGAAACCGCACGCCUGCAAGUGGUGCGAGCGGCGCUUCACGCAGUCCGGCGAUCUCUACCGCCACAUACGCAAGUUCCACUGCGGCCUCGUCAAAACGCUCGCUAUCGGAUAAGGGCGCCGUGCAAUCACGUCCUUUUGUAGAAAAACGACAGCAGUUUUUAUGAAGAAGAAUAAUACUGUAAUAAUAAUACCCAGUAUUUUGCAGGUGGCAGAAAAUUGGUUCAAUAAUGCUUUUAAAACACAACUGUGUCUCCAGCAAGCAACAAUUUGAUAAACUUGGGGCCUUUGAUAUAUAUGACGUGUGGAUCAAAAAAGCUCAUCAAAGUUGUCCUAAGACAAGAAUGGGUAUUGUUUUGGUUUUAGGACAACUUUGAUCAUUUAAUUAUAUAUAUAUAUAUGUAUAUAUAUAUGAAUGAAGAGUUCAGAUACAAACCAGCUAAAUCCAUCUGACGUCUUUCUUUAAAAAAUGCAUUUUUAUCAGGCUCAGAUGUACAGUAUAAGUUUCUAUGUAAGUACCGGUACUUCUGAUUGGGCUGAGGCUGGAAUUUAGCGAGUUUGAAAAGAAAGUAUUUGAUGGACAAAUAAUACGUGUCAGGAGCAUUCACUCAGUAUCAUUAUCUAAUUUUUGACCGAGAUGGCUUUUAGCUGGUUUUGCAUCUGAACUCUUCAUAUAUAUAUAUAUAUAUAUAAUAUAAAUGUGUGAGAGGGUGGGUGGGUGAGAUUAACUGUUUAUAUAUAUAUAUAUAUAUAUAUAACAGAUAAAAAAUGUAUGUAUAUGUUAUAAAUAACACUUCAAAAACCGUUAACAGUUAAAAAAAAACGUUACACACACACACACACACACACACACAUUUUUAACUCUUUUAAAUAUAUGAUACAUAUAUUUUUUAAU